GUUGAGCGCUGAGGUUUAAAGGCGAGGUCGCUCGGCGUCCACUGACUCAGUCGCAAACCUCCAUCCAUCCGGAUCGAGUCUACAUUGCUAACGCAAUAAAAACAAGUAGAGCCAAUUGUUUUUGUUUGUUUUUUUUUCAAGUUUCUCCUUUAGAAAAAAAAAAAAUGUCGUCGUUUGAGAAUGUCGAUCUGCUCCAACUGUUGGAUGCAGUCAAUUCGAACAGCAAGCCACGCCGAAAAUCAUCCAAGACUAACGCAGCUGCAAUGGAAGAAGAUUCGCAACAAACCCGCAAAAAACGCUACAGCAAAUCGAGAGUGAGGGCGCGCAGUCCGACUCAGGUGAUGCGCAUCAAGCGGACCCGUCGAGUCAAAGCCAACGAUCGCGAACGUAACCGCAUGCACAUGCUGAAUCAUGCGCUGGAUAGACUACGCACUGUCCUGCCCACCUUCCCAGAAGAAACGAAAUUGACCAAAAUCGAAACACUACGGUUUGCCCACAAUUACAUCUGGGCCCUAUCGCAGACGCUGGAUCUUGUCGGGGGGCACGAUCCAUCGGCCGGAAGCAUCCAGGUGAAUGUCGGCAAUGUUACAGUCAGCAUCAGCGAUCAAGGAAGUUCCAUCACUUCCACAAAUACUCCCGACCAUACGCUCAUUCCAUGGAACAAUCGACGGAUUGUCGAACCUCCUCUCCCACAAUUUGAUUCUUCUUCUUCUUCUUCCUCGUCCUCUUGCGGAGCAAACCAAACUGCAAACGAUUAUUUCGAUGUUUUUGUCAACCAAUUGGCCAACAAGAAAACGGACCACUUCCAGCAAUUCCAGCAGCCGCAAAUUCAUCAAACACAACCUCAACAGACGUGGCUGCCUGGCCCGGCAGUUGUUAACCAAACAACCAACUGGUCAUCCAGCAAUCAGUACAACGAAUAUCACCUUCCCUAUUCUUCUACUGGCUGCUCUGUUGAUAGUUACUACUCUGAUUCAUCGUCCAGCUCGGGAUAUCACGACAUGCUGUCCCCCGAAUUCCCGUGUCUUUAAAAAACAUCCGACGACAGCGACCGAACAAAAAUUUUGCCUUUUCCUCAUAUCGAAUUUUCCCAUUCAAAAUAUUGUAUGCAAAAACCCUCACAGAGCUGCUAAAAAUGAUCAAAUUGAUUUCAAAUAUGCAAUUCUAAUUCCUCGACUUGAUCUAUUGUAAAUAAAGCAUAAAUUCUGAUCUGAGUCAAUAAUAAAAAAAAAAGUUGAAUCUCA